UUUCUCACCGUCGGCUGAAUAAAAGUCCAAGACGACUCAAUUUGGACUACCACCAACUCGACCGGUCGGUCCAUCCUGCCUUCCGCCCCUAACGAACCACCAGGGGCCAUUUUCGCAACGAAGUAAAAACCUAUAUAAAUCUCUCCCACGAACGCGUUUCCCAAUCACCAAAAUCCCCCACACCCUCCCCCUCUCUCUCUCUCUCUCUCUCUCUCUCUCUCUCUCACUACAAACCCCACUACUACUUUCCCAACUUUCGUAAACCUCCAGAAGAACGAAAACCCCUUCACGUCAAUGGCAGAAACCAACAACUACCCUCCCCUCGACGGCAACGCGCUGGUCGCCCUCUCCCUCCGCCGCGCCGGCGUGGACCGCAUGUUCGGCGUGGUCGGCAUCCCCGUCACCGCCCUCGCCACCCGCGCCGUGACCCUCGGCGUCCGCUUCGUCGCCUUCCACAACGAGCAGUCGGCGGGCUACGCCGCCUCCGCCUACGGAUACCUCACCGGCCGCCCGGGGAUCCUCCUCACCGUCUCCGGCCCCGGCUGUGUCCACGGCCUCGCCGGCGUUUCCAACGCCGCCGCCAACGCCUGGCCGAUGAUAAUGAUCUCGGGAUCCUGCGACCAGGGGUAUUUCGGUAGAGGAGAUUUCCAGGAGCUGGAUCAGGUCGAGGCCGUGAAACCCUUUUCGAAGCUUUCUGUUAGGGUUAGGGAUAUUAAGGAGGUGCCUAGGUGUGUUUUUGAAGUGAUUGGGAAAGCGGGUUCGGGUCGGCCCGGCGGGUGUUACUUGGAUCUUCCGACGGAUGUGCUUCACCAGACUGUUAGUGAAGCUGAAGCUGAGGAGUUGCUGGUUGAGGCUGAGAAGGGUGUCGAAAAAGAGGUAAUUGGAAUUGUUGGGCAGUCUGAGAUUGAAAAAGCGGUUUCGUUGUUACGGCACGCAGAGCGGCCAUUGAUUGUGUUUGGUAAAGGUGCGGCUAUUGCUAGAGCUGAGAAUGGAUUGAAGAAGCUGGUUGAGACUACUGGGAUUCCGUUUUUGCCGACUCCCAUGGGGAAGGGAUUGUUGCCCGACACCCACGAGCUUGCUGCGACAGCGGCAAGGUCACUAGCCAUUGGUAAAUGUGAUGUUGCACUCGUAGUUGGUGCAAGGCUUAAUUGGUUGUUGCAUUUUGGGGAGCCGCCGAAGUGGUCGAAAGAUGUGAAGUUCAUCUUAGUGGAUAUAAGCAAGGAGGAAAUUGACCUGAGAAAACCCUGUUUGGGUUUGAUUGGAGAUGCAGCAAAGGUUGUGGAGAUGAUUAAUAAGGAGAUUAAGGAUGACCCUUUUUGCUUGGGGAAAACUCACCCUUGGGUUGAAGCUAUACAGAAGAAAGCGAAUGAGAACGUGUCAAAAAUGGAGGCUCAGUUGGCAAAGGACGUUGUGCCGUUCAAUUUUCUGACACCGAUGAGAAUUAUAAGGGAUGCAAUUUUGGGAGUGGGUAGUCCUGCUCCGAUAGUUGUUUCUGAAGGGGCAAACACAAUGGAUGUUGGUAGGUCUGUGUUGGUUCAGACGGAGCCUAGGACUAGGCUUGAUGCUGGGACAUGGGGGACAAUGGGGGUUGGUCUUGGUUACUGCAUUGCUGCAGCUGUGGCUUCACCUGACAGGCUUGUGGUAGCAGUCGAAGGGGACUCUGGAUUUGGGUUUAGUGCUAUGGAAGUUGAGACGUUGGUUCGAUAUCAGUUACCUGUGGUGGUGAUAGUUUUCAACAACGGUGGUGUAUACGGCGGUGAUAGGAGAAGCCCUGAAGAAAUUACUGGUCCUUUUAAGGAUGACCCUGCACCUACUUCAUUUGUCCCUGGUGCAGCUUAUCAUCUCCUAAUUGAAGCUUUUGGGGGCAAGGGUUAUCUUGUUGAGACACCCGAUGAACUCAAAUCUGCUCUUACUGAAUCUUUCGCGGCCCGGAAGCCAGCUGUGAUAAACGUCACGAUCGAUCCAUAUGCUGGUGCUGAAAGUGGGAGACUUCAGCACAAGAACUGAGGUGGCUGUAGGCUCGAGCUGGAAAUUUGAUUUGCGGACUGAGUACGACAAUGUUCAAUAAUGUGAGUCUAGGAUCUUGUUGUAGAGUUUUUCUUCUUUCUUUCUUUUGGAUUAUUUGUUUUAAGAGGUGUUGAUGUACUCAAAUAAAUUGUCGACUGAAGGGAGCCUUGUGUUGUGUAUGUUUGCGCAAGUGAGAGCGGGACAAGGCCACUAUAAUUGUACCAUAUAGAGCUACAGAGUUGUUGGAUUCUACAUUCAGAUUUCAUGUUUAAUCUUGAUCGUGUGGUUAAUGAUAUGAAUACCCCCUUUUUAUUUAAGAAA